GCUGCUGCCACCGUCGCUGGCACAUCUCACUCCUGCAGCCGCCAGUACUCGCCACCUGCCUGCCUACCCACUUGCACCUGUGUCUCGCUCCAGUGUCGUCUUCCCUAAACCACACAGACUCACCUUCCAUUGCACAUGUGCUUCUCUGAAACUGGAAGACAUAAAUAAUUGCCAGUUACCCUUCAGGUCGAGUUUCCAGCUGGUCAAACACCUGCCUGGUAUAGCCCUGUUAUUCCCGACGGAAGUCCGCCGCCGCCGCCGGUGUCUCCGAGAGCAGUGGGUUACGAGAGACAAGUGGUGGACGACCCACCCCAUGUGACAUUCAGAUGUGUGGUAGCGUUGUCUGUUGUGAUAGACAAGUCGAACAAGCCCACUGGCUGGUGCUCCGAGCUUGCAACUACCAUCAACACAACCGCUAACUAUUCCUCUCUCAGGAGGCACCACAACUGCAUUUUUAAGUCAUAAAGUAACAGUGAACGACCACGAGAUUUUCAUCUCCACCAAACCAGCAACACCUCCUGACGUCUUAAGGCCACUGGCAGGCUCGUGGCUCUUCUCAUUACAUAUACAACAUUGUAAACGCUAGAAUAGCAGAGAGUAAAGUCGGUGUGUCGUGCAGGUGUACAUGCUGGUGCUCGAGCUGGCACCAGCACCGAGGAGCACCUCAACAACUGCUCGGAAACACUCACACUAGGAGUGGAGGACCAAAUAACACAGGCCGUGACCACGACACCAACGGCCUGCGUUUCUUUCCACUUACUAAUCGCUCUAAUAUACUCUACUUAAUGCCUCACUUAAUGGAGAGGAAUAAAGUACGUGAGUGGUAUAUAAAGUAUAUUUUCUGUGUACUGGUGUAUUGUGAACGAAGUGCAGUAAUUUGUACCGAGAUGAGUAUCCAGUUGUAGAGAGUGUAACUCACCACUGCUUCAUGGUGGGUGUAAGCUCCCUCCUGCUGUACUCUAGACUGUAAUUGGAAGAGUAAGGGGAGAGAGAGUGUGUGUGGUGAAGAGCACAGAGUGUACCAGUGUGGUGCGUUGUGGUGCCGCGGCCAAGACCCCUGAAGGCCACACUGUUGCUAUGAAGCAUUAACUCGCUCCACACAUACCCACACAAAUACUUUUAGUGUUUUAUCCCCGCCUGUGUUCUUAGUAUCUCUCAAGCGUUAAGUGAUAUUUAUGGAGCUAUGUAAGUGUUGAUAUCAGCUGAGACAACUUCAGGAGAUAAGAUAAAAUGCUCGAGAUAGCGAGGAGAGCCGACUAAGGUGCUCCAGAAGUGUCAUACACUUCAUCUCUGCCAUACAACUUUUCCACAAUACAAGUCUCGCAAAAAGCACUUGUUGUGAUUUUUUUGUAGCGCGUAUCAUAGAGUUCCUUUAGUAGUGUGCUUCAUAGAGUUGCUCUUGAGAGUGGAACCUCUUGUAGCGUGCAUCAUAGAGUGGAACUUUCUGUAGGGUGACACCAUAAAGUAGAACUGUCAGUGUCACUUAAAACAGGCACUCUCAUCAGUGCUAGAGGUCUUCACGCGGGCCCUGGAGCAGGCACUCUCACUUAACACGCACAGACCCGGGUCCAGUCGCCACACCAAACAUCAAGUUACUUAGUGUGUGAAGCGGAGAGUGGUGACUGAGGCAGGCACCGGCGUCAGAGCUGGUGCGGGGAAGUGUGUCGUGUUGGGCGUUGUGGAGUGAGUGUGGAGGACUAGACACAGGUGCCGUGGGAGGCAGGCGCCAUACUAGACACAGGUGCCGUGGGAGGCAAGCGCCAUACUAGACACAGGUGCCGUGGGAGGCAGGCGCCAUACUAGACACAGGUGCCGUGGGAGGCAGGCGCCAUACUAGACACAGGUGCCGUGGGAGGCAGGCGCCAUACUAGACACAGGUGCCGUGGGAGGCAGGCGCCAUACUAGACACAGGUGCCGUGGGAGGCAGGCGCCAUACUAGACACAGGUGCCGUGGGAGGCAGGCGCCAUACUAGACACAGGUGCCGUGGGAGGCAGGCGCCAUACUAGACACAGGUGCCGUGGGAGGCAGGCGCCAUACUAGACACAGGUGCCGUGGGAGGCAGGCGCCAUGAUACACACCACAAUGAAGCAGGAACUGGAAGACUUCCUCACCUUCACCUCAGACUCGCCAGACACCCUGGUCAGGGAGGAUGUGAUGAUCGUCUCAUCUUCACAGUGUUUGCUGGACUACAGUGAGUGUGGGGACGAGGCACAGCCCUCACCCAAGCACAUGAAGCUCUUCACAGAUUCCCCACCCAGUCCGGACCGACAGUUCUGCUCCUCCACCACUUCUAUGGCCAGUGACUCUGCCCACACACCCUCAGAGAAUCUACGUGAGGAUGAUGGGCCCAAAAGGUCAUGCCUUGUGUGUGGGGACAUCGCCUCGGGCUUCCACUAUGGUGUGGCAUCUUGCGAGGCUUGUAAAGCUUUCUUCAAGAGAACAAUCCAGCAGGGCAACAUUGAAUACACCUGUCCAGCUGCUAAUGAUUGUGAGAUCAACAAGAGAAGACGGAAGGCAUGCCAGGCGUGUCGCUUUCACAAGUGUCUGCGGGUUGGCAUGCUCAAGGAGGGUGUAAGGUUAGAUCGAGUGAGAGGUGGCAGGCAGAAGUACCGAAGAACAACAGAGUCACCCUUCUCACUGCAUCAAAUGCCAGUCAAAAAAGUGUCAUUAGAAGAUAAUAAGUUGCUGAAAUCCCUCAUUGCAUGUGAACCAGAUUCCCUUUAUGCUCUGCCUGACAUGACUGUCUCCGAUGCAGACUUCCUGACCAUAUCCACCUUGGCUGACCUAUAUGACAGGGAACUGGUCUCCACCAUUGGAUGGGCCAAACAGAUUCCAGGAUUCACAGAGCUAGCAUUGAAUGACCAGAUGCGACUGCUUCAAAGCACAUGGGGAGAGAUCCUAACCCUAGGACUAGCUUAUCGCUCCAUGCCCGCUCACGGCCACACACUUCACUUCGCUCCCGAUUUCACCCUAGAUGAGAAGCAAGCGAGAGAAUGCAACGCCACAGAGCUCUUCACUCAGGUUUUGGGUGUCGUGGAGCGACUUGAGCAAUGUGGAAUUAACAGGGAGGAAUUCCUUCUCCUCAAAGCCUUGGUGCUGACUAAUUCAGAUGUACGACUUCAGGACAAUCAGGCCCUCCACCGCCUCAGGCAAAACAUCCUUCAGGCCUUGCAUGACGCUGUUGCUACUAUCAGACUACGGGAUGCAGUUGUACAGAUGCAGUCAUUGCUACUAUGUUUGCCCUCAUUAAGAGCAGCAGAUGCAGCUCUUCGAAGGUACUGGCUCUCUGUACGUCACCAGGGUAGUGUGCCCAUGAACAAGCUCUUUGUUGAGAUGUUAGAGUCACACAUGCGGUGAAUGGCAACUAAGCUUAUAUCAUAAUUAAACAUAUAUGGCAAACAUUGAUUACAAUAGUAGAACAUUGAUUGUGGCAGGAAAGUGAAAGUUGGAAUUGCACAUAAAUGGUGUUUUGCAAAAUUGAAAAAACAAAUUUGUACAGAAUUUAUAAUUCUUUGCCAGGUGGUUACAGGGUCCAGUAGAGACCAAAAUGUUAUCUUGGUUUUAUGUCUUCCAAGUUAAAAUUGGUGUUUAAGUAGUGGUUGCUAAGUCAAGAGCUUUUCAUCUUUCCAUGACUUGACCAUAAGUGGUCCAGUCUGUGAGGUCAACACUUUGACUGGUGCUGCCUGGAAAAGCUCUAUGUGGAAUGAUGUUAGCAGGAAAAGGAACCCAGGAAGAAAGUUGCAAUACUCCAAAACGAAUGCCUGCCAUGUUGCCAUACACUCAGGUAUUGUUGGCAAUUGUGUUCAGUUCCAAGAAACAAUAAAUUACAUAGAUCAUUAGGAGAAUUUGAACCUAUUGUGAGUUUUGAUCCUGUGUAUAUAACUAUUGUCAAUGCUACUCCCACCGAGCAACAUGAUUGGUGAUGUUGCUGCUGAAUGCAAUCAGCUGACAUGGUCAGUGAAUUUGAACAAUGGACAGUAUAUUUAACAAAUUCAAAAUUUUUCUUAAGAAAUGGAGUUGUACCAAGAUAGGAUCCAAGGCUCAUGUUUGCUGAUCUCGCCCCACUUGUUGGCAGUUGACUCAGGACAAGCACCAAUCCAGUUGUGGGUCUCAAUACAGUCACUGCUAGAAAAAUAUGUUAAUAAAUUGUAAAUAUUCACUUUCUUUGUAUCUCAAAGGCAUAGGCCUGUGUAACAGUACAACUGCUUAAGUAAGAGAAAUCAAUAAAAAUGUGUGUUGUUUGUUUCUAAUUCAAUGUGAAAGUUGUGAUGUCCUGAUACAUUAUUACCAUCAACUCUACAGUCAUCCGAGCAAAUAUAUAUGUCCAACCCAGAUGCAGAGUACACGCAAGGUUGACUUUAGCAUUGGAAAUCCUUAAGCUAUCAGGUGUUCGUGUUCCAUGUGAAAAUAUCUCUUUUUUAUUUGCCCAGAAAGUAACUAUUUGUUACACUGUCAAAGUAUGAUGUGCUAUACAAAAGACAAGUUAUGACACAUGUAACCCAUCAAGUUUCCCUGUCAUAUCUAGUGGCCCAUACUAUGAGCACUAUUAUAAUGCUAACAUAAACUGAACUAUGAAUCCAAGAAAUCAAAUAGUGUUUGACAUUUGUCUUCCUAUUUUCCUGCUCUCAUGGUGACAUUGUGUUUAAUAUUUUGUGGGUGUCUUCCUUCAUUUGUCAUUAAACUAGGGGUAUAGACACAUGUAUGUAAAUGGCUACAAUUACAUACCUGAAAUCAUAUUACAAGUUUAGUUGCACAUGUGCUGCUGAGUCAAAUUGACUCACACCAUUUAUUUUCAUUAUGACAGAAGCAAUACAGAAUGUACUACCAUUUAUUUAUACAAUAACUUGCAUAAAGCAUCUUCUCCCUGCCAUACCUGACUGGUCAUCACUGCAAGUGUUGAAGAGCAGUAUAAUUAACUCUUACAUUGCUCCAAUUUUGUUAACCCUUACAUGGCUUCAAUCACCAUAUGCAAUUUUUUUCCCAUUUCAGUUGUUAACUAUUUUUAAUCAUGCACACCUUGAUGUGAUACUUUUGAAUAGCUGCACAUUUCACAGGUUAAUAUUUGGUAUUGCUGCAUGUAUAAAUGGUAAUUUAACUCUUUAACUGCUAAGCUUUAAGUCUUACAUCCAGAAUCGUGUAGAAAAAGUAUUGAAAAUCCAUAAGAAACAAUUGCAUAUAGCGAUAUGAACACAUGAGGGAAUCGUAGAUAGUGAUUAGAGCAGUGAAAGGGUUAAAAACAUUCCAAACCACAGUCAGCAAGUAACAUUAUUGCCUGAAAAUUGUGUCAUAAACAGUUUUUUUAUUAAAUUUGCUCUAUAAAUUUAACAUCAUCUAACAUCUAUCAAUUUAACAUUUAUAACAUCAAAAUUGGCUUUAGGCUUAUAGCUCAAUAAGUGGUGCUGAUAGAUGCACUUCAAAAUUAUGGUAAUAUUUAAUCUUCAGUAAAAGAUUACUGAAGAUUACUUAUUUUUCAGUUACAAAUAUAGUGCAUACUUAUCCUACAAAAGCCAUUAUUCAACUGUGCUACUAAAUGGUCCACUAUGUAUUUUUAUUUCUGAAUCUUAGUUUAAAACCAAACUGGUACUUUUUUAAUUUAAUUUAAUUUUUCAUUAGGGCUGUUGCAUAUAAAAAUACUCAAGAGGGCAGCUGUCAUGACAGUAAUCUAUGUUAAUAUUGGACUGACAAACAAUUUUUGUAAUAAUUUAUACAAGUAACCUACCUUAAUCUGUACUGCUUAUUUCUAUCAUGGAGAUUUGUUCAAUUUUGUGGAUGUAAGUUCCUGUUAUAUAUUGUUUUCAGUUCAUAAUGCAGGUGUGCUUGCAUUGUGGAAUAUGUAUGUAAAUGAGACUUCUUUUAUGAUGUUAACCUGGCAGCAUAAUAUUCAACAUAUAGAUAUUUAUUAUUUAUUUAUAUUUUCAAUCACAUCAUUUAAAACAUAAAAUUCUAUACAUAAAGUGCUUUAAAUGCGUAAACUAGAUAAAGAAUGUAAUAUUUAGCUACAUUGUUAAGUUUGUAGUACAUGUAUUAUUUAUUAUACAGUAGCUUUGCAUUCUUCCUGCAUCACAUUCUAGUAUUCUUCUUCAUUAUUCUCCCAUUAGGUAAGAAUGUUUAAUUUGGUAUUAUGUGUUUCUUUUAAUAUUGUAGACACUACUGUUGAGCUUUCAUGUUGCAUGUUACAAAACAGGUAGAGAUGACACAACCACCUUGUGAGUGUAACGAGCACAUCAUACUGUACAUAGACAGUUGGUUCACUAUACUAGGCUAUUUGCUGUGUCUACAUCACUAAACCAUAGAUAUCUGUGUAACUGCAUCACUGUGCAAUAGAUGAGGCUAUUCAUAUUAAUGUAUUUAUCACUAUCAAAAUAGAGUAUUACCCAAAUGAAUGUGGGUGCUGGAACUUGCUCGAGAUGUUAGAUGUCUAGUGCUUGCAAGGUUACUUCUUCCCCCUCCCCCCACCCCCAAAAAGUAAUAAAUAGCUUUGACAUCACCUUAAAAUCACUAGUAAACUAGCAAGGUGAUCCUAAAUAAAAUUUCAAUUAUUCAAGACUAAAAUUUCAGCUAUAAAUUUGCAUGUAAAGCAGUUUUGUCUAACCAUAACAUUUUCAGAGACUGCAGUUGCUUCCUUCCCAUUAGGUUUAGUUAAUGCUGCCCAUGUAGAAGAUAGCAACCAGCUCUCAGUACAGUAUAUAACUAAUAGGACCACACUGCUCUAGUAGGCAUGCAGACUCCAACUUAUUCAAAUGUGAUUGCAAUGCACUGCCUUUAUACCGUAGUGACUCCUGCUUAUGGGUGAAUUUAAAAAAUAAAAAUAAAUUAUGUAUCUUUGGUUGUUUUACACAUUAGAAUGUACUGAGAGCAGUAACAUUACUGGUCUGCAGUCUAUUCUUCUGUUUAGGUGGUACUUAUAGUAAUGAUAAGAACCUUCGUAAAAGGACCAGCGUGUUGGCGUAAAAGGCAAUUAGAAAAUAGAAAUCAUGACUAUUUAAUUUGGGCAAACUGGAAAAGUUUUUGUACUGAUGUUGCAAAGAAAACUUAACCUAACAUUUCUAGGAGUAAUACACACUAACUGAGGCCUAAUAUAGUACAUACAUACACUGAGAAAUCGGAGUAACAUGAUGUAUCAUUGAGAAAAUCCAUUGGAUCCUUGAUGAGGCUUCAAACUUCUGCUCUGGGUAUUCCCAAGCACACACCUUAGACAACUAGGCCAUGACAUGGUCAAAAGGAUUGCAACUUGGGAUCCUACUGAAUCCAUGAGGGUUCCUGAGGCUUCCACUGAAGCUGCACCAGGGUUUCACACUAUCCCCCCAUGCUCUCUGGUUCUGUCGUCCAGGAAAUUCUACCUCUGGUGCUCCUCUUUCAAUACACAGGUUGCAAUCCUUUUGACCAUGUCGUGGCCUAGUUGUCUAAGGCGUGUGCUUGGGAAUACACAGAGCAUAGGUCGAAUCCUCAUCAUGACGUACGGAUUUUCUCAUAGUACAUAUAUAUAUAUAUACUAUACUUGGCCUUGGUAUAUUCAAGUUUGGUUUGUAUCUUUAUUUUUGUUUGGACUAUAAAGUGAAUACCUGUAGUAUUAAAUCCUACUGUCUAAUUGUCCAUUAUGUCUAUGUAUGUAUGAUGGUCCACAUAAUUACAAAAAGUACUAUGAAAACAGGAGGAUGGGUUGUGGUCUGGGAUUAAUGAUAUGGUAAAAUACUAAGUCUGCUGCAAUUUAAAUAAUUUUUGUAAAAGGAAGGAGAGUGGGAGGGUGGUACCAACUUUGAUUGUGAUACACAGUGAUAUAUUCAUACUGCUUGUGCAAUAUUCAUCUUAAAUGUUGCUUUAUACUUGCAAAACAUGGAAAACAUCAUGAAUAAUCCACUCUUCUUGGGCAUUACAAUAUUUAUAAAUCAUAGAUUAAAUAAUAAAAUUAAACUAGAUUUACCUCUUAAAUAAAAAAGUUACAGGGCAAAGUUUAAAUUGUGAUUAAUAAGAGUUCAAAGGAAUGUUAUAUUUUUUGGCAUAUAUUUACUAUAGACAGUACAGUAUUCCUCUUUGGUAUGAGAGAAGGUUACAUUUUGGUUUUGCAAAGGCUUUUAGGCAAACAAAGAUGGCCAUGAUGACCAUAAGAUGGACAUGUGCUGUCCAAGGAUUUCUUAAGGUACCUUACUGUAUUGUGCAUCUUGUACAUCCAAUGUGCAUACUUUCUCAUAUAUGUUGUUCAGUGUUGCAUAGGGUGAGGUGCAGAAGUUACUACACCUUUCCUCUAUGUGUAGCCUUUAGGAGAUCUAAUUAAGUGUUACAUGUGUUACACAGCUACACUGACUGUAAUUCCGUCCGUCACAGGUGUAGUGGGUUUGGCAAGGCCCCAGCUCGCCCAGGUCCCCAAUUUCAUAGGUGGCACAUUUAUAGCAUGUUUGUUACACUUAUCCUCAAAUAUUGCCUAUCAUUGUGGGUUGAAAUAUGUAAUUCUUAUAUCAGCAGAGAUUUAAAAUAUUGAUCUUACAGACGGUCAUUCAUGUUAUGAUCAGUAAUGAAUCUUCAAGGUAACCAAUUAUUUUGAGUGUAAAACACUCAGGUACUCACUGACCACUGAGUGUUCAACACACAAUGGGUUGCCUUCUAGAGGACAGAAAGGGUAUGAGUAACUUAAUCUCACCAAAGAUAAGAUAUAUAAUAUCUCUGGUAGAAAAUCUAAAUUGAAAGAUCUUAACUGUAUCAUAAAGAUACUUAUUUCGUUGUUAGUAGUGCAUCACAAACAUACAAAUUAACCUGUCAGUACAGUAUAGUACAUGAGUUGCAUCUUAUUGUUAUAUAUUUGAAGGGACAUUUCUCAGUUACCUAACUGGUUACAUUUUUGACAUUCCACUAUGAAGACAAAUAUGUGAGGUUAUUAUAAAUAUGUUAAAUGAGGAUAAGUUAAAAUGGUUUUGAAAGUUUUUUCAAAUACUGUACUAGAAAAAGCAGACUAAGAUUUUAAGUGUUGAAAUAUUAAAAUCUUUAUUAAUUUAUUGUAAAAGAAAAUUUCACUCAUUCUCAUUAACGUAUAAACUGUUAUGGGUAGCUUGGGCAUGUAUGGCUGCCAAUGUAUAUAAUGUAACUCGUCUUGGGCACAACCCAAUAAAUAUAGGUAAUGUUAUUGUUAACUUUUGCCGUUUUUGGAUGUUCGUGGAUGAGGAUAGGUUGAGAUUAUUUAACAAACAUAAAAAUCUGGCAAAGGAUGCAUAUCACCGUGCUUCACUUGUGUUGUUAUAUGCUCAGCAUGUGAGUCUGAGAAUAGGCUAUAUUUUUUUAUACAGUUUUCUACCUAAAUCUACCUAAUGGAGCAUCACUAUUUUGGAAUUUUGUCAUUGUUUAAGCCAAAAUGUAUAGUAUUGUGGAACAAGCCCCCCGAAGACAUGUCCACAGUGGUACUAAUUACUGUCCUCAGACUACUAAUUCUACAACUGUUUAUGAACAUGACUCCUCUAUACAGAAAACAACUAUAGUAUGUAAUAAGAUGACUAUAAAGUACUAUUACACAACCAUGUGAAUUAGAUUAACACAAAACCAUAGUAAAAGUCUAACAGUUAAAAUUAUAUUUGGUUACUGAGCAAUGAUAUGUUACACUAAGUUUUUAUACUGUCGCUCACUAAAUGACAAACUUAUUGUAUAGAUUUAGACCACACUGUAGAUGUGGCAAAAUUUAAUUUACUUGUGUAAAUGUAUAUUACAGUCUCUUGAUGUAAUACCAGUAGCCUCAUCACAAGAUCUGACUGGUACAAUAUCGUCGCAAACCUAGAUAUAACUGAAUCACUCGAGAUGUAAAGCUCUCAUGUUUACUUGUCCACCGUGGACCAAUUUCUUGUGGUAGAGCUGCCCACAACCUACUGAUGUCAUAGUUGCAGGACUCAGCACAAGAAGUACAAGUAUUUUUUAAAUAAAAGACUCCAGGUAUCACCUUAUUUCUACCUGAAUAUGUCAAGAUUAAAUGACUUUAUAGUGAAUGCUGACAUAGCGGAACAAUACAGUAAAUACUAAGUAAAUUCAAAUUGAAAAAAUAAAAUGUCAGUCAAUAAAUUUUUGAAACUUAAUAUAUAGUAUAUACAUAGUAAAGUAUAAAGUAUAUACUGAAUAUUUUUUAGUUAUUCACUUUAAAUACAUUUUAAGUUCUGCAUGUGCUGACAUUCAGGGCAGGUUCAACAUUUAUUUCCCAUGGGCAUUGAUAUUCAUGAGUGUUCUUAUACACGUCAUACUAUGCUUCUUGAGAGGUGACAGUUCCUACCACAGUGCAGACCAACUUGUGGUAGUAGAGUACUGCUUGUGAUAGUACAGUACUGCUUGUGUUGUUCAGGUUUUCCUGCUAAAGUGUGAUAGUACUUGCCAUGGUAAGCAUGUACUUGCUGAGGUGUGAUUUUAUGAUACUUGCCAUCCUACAGUUUACUUGUUGAAGUGUGAUGGUACGUCAUAGUGCAUAUACAAUUGGUAAAUGGUGAUAGUACAUGUGUUAUGUACUUGUUGAGGGGAAAAUGGUACAGUACAUGUGUAAUUGUGAAAUUACCUAAAUUACUUAGGUAAUUUAACAAUUACACAUAUAUCAUCACCCAUUCAACAAGUACUAGUUAAAUGGGUGAUAGUAAAUGUGUACUUUUUAAAUGGGUAAUAGCACAUGCCACAGUAUGUGUAAAUUUGUUAAAUGAGUGACAGUACAUGUAAACUUGUUAAUGGGUUUUUAUAUACAUGCCACAGUAUAUGUGUGCUUGUUAAUGGGUGAUAGUACUUUAUUUACUAAAGGUUAACUUCUUAAAGUAUGAUAGUAUUUUUUACAGUAAAUUUGUAUUUUUUGAAGUGUGACUGUAUAUAAUUCUACAGUUAUGUUAAACCAAAUUACUGUACAUAAUACUGUACAGUGAAAAUAUAUGUUAACAUUAAACAGUAUCUGACUAAACUGUUGUGUAUUUGUGAAUGAAAGACAGAUUAUAGUGACUGAUGAUGAGAGUUUGGGGCGAUUGUUGAUAGUGACAAUUCACAUCAAGGCAGUAGUUGUGACAGUCACAGAGUGCUGCCAAUGAUUCAAGUCUCACAAUGCAGUAGAACUGGGAUUUGCUAUAGCAUCUAGUUCAUUGCCAUCAUUAUCACCUAAGACACAGAUACUUACUGUUAAGGCACAAAUGUACUCUCCCCAGUUAUAUCCAGCAAAUUAGAAUCAAAUCCCAAGUAAACUUAGUUCCCAAUUUUUUUUUUUUUUUGCCAGAAUCACCAUGCUCCAUAAUUAAAAAUUCUAGAAUAUUGUACUUCUACUGGUCCAAUGAGAAAACCCUAACAGUAGUUAGUUAUGCUUGUGGAUAAUGUGGACAUUAGUACUGUACAAGUAAUUAAUUAGACAAAGCCUUGGCUAGUUGUUCACUACCAAUAUCAACUAACUCUUAAUUAUGUACAAAAAUGUGAUAUUCAAAAUAAUUUUCUUUGAUAGUUGAUUCACUGGUGAUAUCUAGCCCAACUACUGUUGAAUCACUUGGUCAUGCCCUCCAUAUAAUUCAUAUGUAUAUGCCCAUAUAGCUCAAAAUCAACAUGAUCUGCAGCUACUGUCCUCUCCCAUUUACAUCCUACCUAAUUCUGUCAAGCUGUAUGUGACUCGUGCGUGUUUUGGUAACCUGUGUUCUAUGUAUGAUUUUAAGUUCUGUGUCUAAUUAAAAAAUAAACAGUUCCUGUAAUAUUUUGUUUUCGUUUUUAUUGAUAGAUGAAGCUGGUUGGGGCAUGACCAAGGGUACCACAUUGUAUUAGGAAACCUACUUAAAGUUAGUUGGCUCUAAACUCGUCCUAAUUAAAAACUAUGUGAAUAGUUGGUGGUAGGCAUGAAAGUAUUUUAUUAUUGUAAAAUUAGAAUCAACAUAUUCCUCAUUUGUUGUAGAUAAAAUGAGAAACUUGGAUAGUGUACAAAUGUGGUGCACACAUGGAUGGGGAACACAGUCACAACUGUAUCACUGGUCCAGUUGUCCUUGUGUAUUAUUGCAUUAGUCUAUGCAACAGAAUAUCCAAAAGAGAAAAAAUGUUCACACAACUGCCAAAAUACAUUAUUGUUAUGAAUGUUUUGUUUUAGUUUGUCACUGUCAUCAUUCAUUAUCAGAAUAUCAUGUUUCAUUUCAUAAGUUGUAUCAGUAAGGCAGAUUUUGACAGGUGUUGUAGCCUGAAAGUUGGCCUUCCAAGUUGUCAUGUCUCUGGUCUAGGGUUAGUGAAAUGUUGCUGUUAACAGAGCAAUAAAUGGUCGAGGUUAA